CCUCUCCGACCGGAAAAUCCUGGGAAGGCUCGAGGGCGCAGUGUCGGCACAGCCCGGAUGAAAAGCAGACCCGGGGAAGCUAGUGGGAGUCAGGACCCCGGGCGAUGAGGGCGGCGAUGAGGGAAGGAGGCUCCGGGCGCCGCCGGCGCAUGCGUAUUGGGGAUCUGAGGCCAGUGCCUUGCGCCGCCAUUGCGGGGAGGCUGUCGUCAGAGCUGGCCUGGCGCGCGGGCAGCUGGACCGGCCCCAGGAGCCCAGUCACCGGGCGUCAUUGGCUCAGGCGGUGGGGCCCUCAGCACCUUCUCCCGCCCGGGUCCACCCUGGCGGCGGCGGCGGCGGCGUCAGGGGGCGGAGCCCGCCGAAGCGCCCUUUGUCUGCGGAGGUCAACAUAUCUGGUGUAAGGAGGCAGGAUUGAGAGUGACUCUCACCCACCACUGGUGUUUCUCUUUGAAAGUGGCGCUUGGCACCAGCAUGAACUCCCCGUCUUCAGCAGUCCCACCAGGUAUUUUUGGUCUUCAACCCAAAAUUCUAUCUUGCAAGAUCCCUGCCAGGAUACAGAUUUGAAUACCAUAGUGAAGUCUGUACAUGAGGAAGUGAUGCCUUUAGGGAGGGGAAAAAACGGUAAUAACAACCUUCAAGAGCCCCUACAUCUCAACUCGGUGUAAACAAGGCAAGAUUCUGAGAGUGGCCACCCCUGGAAGCAGAAAUCAUUCUUGUGGCUAUCCAUUGGCUCCUGAGGCUCUCAUCAGAGAUGGGGCACCUUUAGUACCAGGGAGUGGCUGUUCCCCGUAAGGUACUGGAAAUCAACUUUCAAGAGCAGCCCCAGCUGCUGAAGCUACUGCUCCUGGUGCCUCUCCUGACUGUCAUGUAGAAGAUAGCAGAGCUUUGGCGACUUUACAACAUAAGAACUGCAGAGAGGUGUAAUCCCAGUGGAAGACUGAAUCCAGAGACUCAAAAAGGAAGAAUGCUGUUUUUUCUCAGGAGGGGAACAUGGAGGAGAAAGAAAUGAAUGAUGGCUCACAGAUGGUGAGAUCCCAGGAGGAAACCCGGACAGCCCAUGGAGAAGCCCAUAUGGAGAGAAGCCAAGGCCUACAGCCCUAGCUGAGCUCCCAGCUGAAAGCCAGCACCAAUUUGCCAGCCUUGAAUCACUGACGUUUCAGGACGUGGCCGUGGACUUCACCAAAGAGGAGUGGGACCAGCUGUACCCUGCCCAAAAGAACCUCUAUCGAGACGUGAUGCUGGAAAACUACAGGAACCUGGUUGCACUGGGGUAUCAGCUUUAUAAGCCAGAGGUAAUCGCACAGUUGGAGCUAGAGGAAGAGUGGGUGAUAGAAAGAGACAGCCUGCUGGACACUCAUCCAGAUGGAGAAAACAGGCCGGACAUCAAAAAGUCAACCACAAGCCAGAAUAUUUCUGAUGAAAAUCAAACCCAUGAGAUGAUAAUGGAGAGACUCUCUGGAGACUGCUUCUGGUACUCCAUCCUAGGAGGACUCUGGGAUUUUGAUUACCAUCCAGAGUUUAACCAAGAAAACCACAAGAGAUAUUUAGGACAAGUAACUUUGACCCACAGAAAGAUCACACAGGAGAGAAGCCUUGAGUGUAAUAAAUUUGUAGAAAAAUGUAAUCUGAACUCACACCUUAUGCAUCAGAGAAUUCCUUCUAUUAAAAUACCCCUGAAUUCUGACACACAGGGAAACAGCAUCAAACAUAAUUCAGACUUGGUUUACUAUCAGGGAAAUUAUGUAAGAGAGACGCCCUAUGAAUACAGUGAGUGUGGAAAAAUCUUCAAUCAACAUAUUCUUCUUACUGAUCAUAUUCAUACCGCAGAGAAACCCAGCCACAACUCAUCUUUUACCCAGCCUCAGAUGGUGCUUACAGGAGAGAAACCCUAUAAGUGUGAUGAAUGUGGAAAAAGAUUCAGCCAGAGGAUACAUCUCAUUCAACAUCAGAGAAUUCACACGGGAGAAAAGCCUUUUAUAUGCAAUGGAUGUGGGAAAGCCUUCCGUCAGCAUUCAUCCUUUACUCAGCAUCUGAGGAUUCAUACUGGAGAAAAGCCCUAUAAAUGUAAUCAAUGUGGUAAAGCUUUUAGCCGCAUCACAUCCCUUACUGAACAUCAUAGACUUCAUACUGGAGAGAAACCUUACGAAUGUGGUUUCUGUGGCAAAGCCUUCAGUCAGAGGACACAUCUGAAUCAACAUGAAAGAACUCAUACAGGAGAGAAACCCUAUAAAUGUAAUGAAUGCGGAAAAGCCUUUAGCCAGAGCGCGCACCUUAAUCAACACAGGAAAAUCCAUACUCGGGAGAAAUUAUGUGAAUAUAAAUGUGAGCAAACAGUUUGCCACAGUCCUUCACUUAGCAGCACAUAACUUGUGGUGGGGAAAAUAGAUAAAUAAAUAAAUGUAGGAGAUUUUUUGGUCAGACCUUUUUAUCCCAUUCAAUAUCAAAUUAUUCAUAGUGGAGAGAAAGCUUAUACAUAAAUCUUUCUUUCUUUCUUUCUUUCUUUCUUUCUUUCUUUCUUUCUUUCUUUCUUUCUUUCUUUCUUUCUUUCUUUC